AUGCCAGGUCCUCACAGCAACAUCUCGUAUCCUCACGAUCGAUACUCGCAUGAGCCAUACUAUGCAUACGGAGCUCGAUCUCCUACGUCCACCGCUUCGGCACAGCUGCAUCAAGUGCCGUUCGCGUACGAUCACCACACUCAGCCAAAACACUCGUCUCAUCUCCCCACACACGCCCGUCAUCCGUACGGCUCGCAUUACGCCUCCUUGUCUUCGACGGGCUCCUCGGCCUCCUCUUCGCCCCAAGCCAUGCGUGCCCCCGUGUCGCACUCAUUGUCCAUGUCCGUCGGCUCGCAGCAGCAGCCUACCUAUCGAGGUCACAUCAAGACCACCAAGGAUGCCAUCCUUUUGCUUGCCGCCUGCGACUUGGUCGACAACGCUGGCACACCGGGCUUGCCCCCACCUCGCCGUGUCAAGCGCCGUCUUUUGGACUCUGAACGCGCCGAUGUUAUUUGCUCUGGUAGCAUCUUUGUGUGGGACGAAAAAGAGGCCGGUAUGCGACGUUGGACCGAUGGCAAGUGUUGGUCUGCCAGUCGAGUCAGUGGCUGUUUCCUCACCUAUCGCGAGCUCGAAGCACGCAAGAAGCCGUCGUCUAGCAUCACGGGCGGUCCCACAUCUAACCUCUACAAGGCUGAGGGUCUUAUCAAGCAGUCGUUCAGCAUGACCACCACCUCAGGUCGUAAGCUGCAUGUGAUCUCGUACUACACAAAACGAGACGUGCGCGAGGGUUUGCUGCGCCGUGUCAGCGAAGACCCGCGCUUUGUCGGCGAAAACGGCGGCGAGUGGGGUCUGCACGUCGACGAGGCCGAGUAUCCUGAUCCGAUCAGCCGCGCCGGUGAGCUUCCGCCUGGCGUCAAUCCCCAAGACCCUGAAGGCUCUCAGUCGCCCCCCAGUCCAGCGCACCUGGAACCUGCUCGCGGUUCGACCAUCACGCACCCCAGGAACAUCGGAUACGAGCCUCGUCGCGUCUCUCCAGCGCCCAAAUCGUACGUUGACGAGCGCGCCCAUGGCGAGCGUAGCCGCUUGUCUCCUGACCCAAGAGAACCCUGCUCCCUUUCUCCGUGCGAGUCUGCUUCAAGACAUGAGCUGGUCAGUCACGAGCCUCACUACCGACCUAUUAAGAAGGAGCCUCUCGACAGACUUUCAUAUCCUGCCGACGUGACGCCGCUGCAUGAAGCACGCGGUCUGCUGCCUAUUCGACCCAUCCCUGUCGACUCCAAGUACGCAGAGUUUGCGUUGCGUGGUAGCAGCAAGCAUGUCGUUCGGGAGAUAUCGCCUUGCUCGGGCCACGAUGCAGGACACGCAUAUGGCCGCAAGCGAUCGUAUCAAGAGUUCCGCGGGACAGCCUCGUCGUUCGACGAAGGGCGCGACGACGUCAAGCCCGCCUGUCCUCGCACCCAGCGUAUGCGCAGUUGGAGCGCAAGCAGCCCCGACACGACUGUCCAGGAUGUUCUUGCGCCAAUUCGUCCGCUCGGUCGUGUCGGAUCGGACGAUGAGGCGAUUCCGCAGCUUCGUACCACCCAUGUUAUGCCGCCGCUGGGGUUCAAGGAUCAGCACGACUCGGCUGUAGGAGCUCUUCUCAGCUUGCGCAGUGGUAGUGGUUCGAGCGACGACUCUGGGUCUUUGCCGAUGCACUCCAAGAAGGUUGGUGCAGCUUCUUCUCUGUCUCAUUCACCCACAUCAACGGCGCCCAGCAGCGCUGCAGCAGACGAUGUAUCUGCUAAACCUGGCUUUUCGCGAAUGGACCGUGCUGCGCUCGACCGAUUCAGCGUUCGCAUCUGA